CCACUUUCACAGACUCGAAGUCGUUCGUCGGCCCGGUCGCACACGGACGGCUAUUCGCACCUGAGGCACAAUGACGACGAAGAGAAGCAGCAAUCGCCGCGAGAGCGGAUUCCCGUCGGGGUUGGCGCAGAGGAGGGCAAGGAGUUCGAAGUGCAAUUCGACGGCGACUCGGAUCCCUGGAACCCCAAGACGAAGUACUCCACCCUACGCAAGUGGACCAUCGUUCUGAUAGGAUCCGGUUGCUCGCUCUGUGUCACGUGCGCCAGCGCGCUGUACACAUCGACGUACCUGCAGCUGGAGAAGGACUUUCACGUCAGUCGAGAGGUGGCCACAUUAGGUCUUACAACCUAUGUAUGUGGGCUAGGUCUUGGGCCUAUGUUUCUAUCGCCUCUCUCGGAAUUCUUUGGACGAAGAGCGAUUUAUCUGUCCGCCUUUGGGAUGUUUUUCAUAUGGCUGAUCCCGUGUGCCGUGGCUCAAAACAUCCAGACGAUGCUCAUCGUUCGCUUUUUCGACGGCUUGGCUGGGAGUGCGUUCUUGUCUGUGGCCGGAGGCACAGUUGGCGAUGUCUUCCACAAAGAGAAGCUAAGCACACCAAUGAUGGUCUACACGGCAUCACCUUUCCUGGGUCCCGAGCUCGCACCGGUGAUCGGUGGUUUCAUUAAUUCGUAUACAAAUUGGCGAUGGUCCUUUUGGGUACUUCUCAUUUGGGCUGGCGUCUAUUGGAUCAUGAUCUUUGCCUUCAUUCCAGAGACCUACGCGCCGGUCCUGCUGAGAAGAAAAGCCAUUCAGCUACGCAAGGAGACCGGCGAUGAGAGAUACAGGGCGCCGAUUGAGAUCAUGGAUCGCUCAGUCAGCAAGACCGUUCUUUGGAGCUGCAUCCGCCCCUUUCAGCUUUUAUUCCUGGAGCCCAUGUGUCUGAACCUCUGUCUGCUAUCAGCCAUUCUCCUCGGCAUCUUGUACCUGUUCUUCGGCGUAAACAGUUUCGAGACGAACCAUGACUUCAACGAGUGGCAAGUGGGGCUAACCUUCAUUGGCAUCAUGGUCGGUAUGAUCUUGGCAGUGCUUUGUGACCCUCUCUGGAGGAAGAGUUACGAAAAGCUUGUGGCCAACAACGGGGGUGUCAGCGAGCCCGAGUUCCGAUUGCCGCGAACCAUUGUGGGCGCGAUAAUUGUCCCCAUCGGUCUUUUUGGCUUUGGGUGGACGACAUACCGUUGGAUACACUGGAUCGUCCCAAUCGUCUUCAGCGGCUUCUUCGGGUUUGGCAUUAUUCUCUGCUACGGCGGCAUCUUCACAUUCCUGGUGGAGUGCUACCCACUUUACGCCGCAAGUGCGCUUGCUGCCAACAGUUUUAUGAGGUCCUCAUUUGCAGCGGCCGUUCCGCAUGCGCCACUGACGAUUGCACUAGACCUCGGAUUUCAAUGGGCCUCGUCGCUUCUAGCAUUUCUCGCGCUGGCCAUGACCCCUUUCCCGUUCCUGUUCUUCAAAUACGGCAAGAGACUGAGGGGCUCGUCUCGCUUUGCGCAG